AUGGAUAUCAAGCCAUUUCAUCGCCCAGGCCAAGUUGCGCAUGGCCUCUUUGGGGAGCAUACGUCGACUCUCGACUGGUGCGAAGACAACUAUGUCCAUUUUAUGUUUAUCGCAGAGACGUGGAACUCGCUCUCGAACAUUCCCUUUGUGCUCCUUGCCGCUCAUGGUAUGAUGAAGACGCUUCGGGAGAAUCUACCCAACCAGAAACGAUAUGCGUUUUGUCAUGCUAUGAUUGCGUUUAUUGGCCUUGGGAGCUUUGCAUUCCAUGCGACGCUUCUAUGGCAUGCUCAGGUUUUACUUGACGAGUUGCCGAUGAUCUAUGCAUCCUUUCAGGCGAUUUAUUGCAUCCUCCUCGAAGGAAGGCCAAGCUCUUCACUGUCCCCCAAGAUUAUCUGCACCGUUCUUCCGGCCCUUUUCACGGCUCUUUACAUCGCAUACCCGAAUCCAAUCUUCCACCAGGUGGUCUAUGGUGCCCUACAGCUCUUUAUCACGUAUCGGAUGCAGGCCAUCCUCAAGCGGUUUCCACCAGACUCGAAGCUGAAGAAGGACUGUACGCAUCUUUUGAAGACGGGAACGGUGCUUACGCUGCUGGCGUUUACCAUUUGGAACAUGGACAACCUGCUGUGCGAAGACAUUACUGCGUGGAGGGAGAGCGUCGGUUCCCUUGGGGUGUUGUCGCAGGGACAUGCUUGGUGGCAUCUGCUCGUCGCAUGCGGGUCCAACCGCUUUGUGGUUGCGAUGAUUGGUGGGUUCUGGGCUCUGCUUAGUGCGAGGCUGGAUGCUGAUGCAGGUAUUCUAGGACUUAUGAGUGGUCUCAAAGAGCCAGAUUCGUACGAGGUAGCAUACAACCUGUACGCGUUUCCAUAUUUGCGGAGAAAGGAGGGCGAGACGGCAAAGGCCAAGUAG